GCUGGCAAGCUAUGGAGGUAUCUUUCCAUUUGUCAGGUCGUUGGGUUGACAAAAUUUGCACCACCAAAUGCAGGUCCCGGGGCGUGGUGGAACCAAGAGGGUUCUAAGGUGUCCUUCUCACUUCGAGAAUCUUGGAAAUUCGAGAACCGGAUUCUGCCUGGUCCCUGAGAGCUACCAUUGGAGGCUUGUAUUCAGGCAAGCACCGCUGCGAGCGCAGUUGAUAUGAACGGCGGGGGUGCACGUGUCCAGCGUUCACCCGUCAGCCUGUCAAGACCUUCCUAUCACCAGCUUCUUGGCUUGCUACCCUUCUGGCUGCCCUCACUUUUCUGCGUCCUCACUUGGUGCUUUCUCGCCGUUCCAGUCAUAAGCAACCACACCCUCUCACCAAGUUGAACUGAGUGGACGUCUCUCCGACCAUCACUCCCCCUUGUCUCGAAGCAUCGUCUUUGGAGGCUUUUUGUUCCCCAAAUUUAUCGUUAGCUGGAUUCUGUUCUGACCUGUGUCUCGCGGCGUUACUUUAUCCAUCUCAAACGAGAAACAAGUCGCGGUACCUGUCAGUGGUUGAGCUCCCCCAGGUUGUCGGCUUGACUGAUACCUAACCCGACUGGCAGUAUCUUCUUCACUUGACUUCCAACUUCUUGUUACAAUCCACCACAAGGGCUGUUGCAGUCGUUGCCCGACCCACCUGAUCUAUCUCGCCUAUAGAAAUUAGGCCAUUCAUUAUUUCUACCUAAAGUGUCUGCGUUUCGGGAGCCACGAACCAGUUGCCGAGCCACUCUGCCUCAGUCAUUUUAUGCAGCUUCCCAAGAAAACACCCAAGCUCACGUUACUCAGGCUCUCUGUCAUACUAUAUGAGCCAAGGCCUUAUAUCGGCGCAUCUGCAUCAGCUUGGCCAUAAACUGGGGCCCAAGAACUUCUGAUUCUGUUACAUGCACAUCCUCCUCGGCUCUCUGCUGUCAUAAAUCUCAGCCUUCCAUCAGCCCACUCACAUUCAGGGCGUGUGCAUUAACAACGACAAGAGUACUGAAGCCGGCUCGUUCGCCGUUACCACGACCAACCUUGAAUCUCGUUUCUACACUCGAAGCUGGCAUGAGGCAGGCAUUGUCACCAUGGCUUCUCCAACAUCCGAGACAAAUGGGAAGGUCAAGGAGAUCUUCUACGGCUACAUGUAUGAUGAUCCGAAACCAGACGAAAUCCCGAUACCAAAACCAAAACCGUUGCUUGACGCCCUUCUGAGAGCUCUUGCUCUGCACAUUAUUAAUGACAUUGGAGAUAAAGACGAGAAGCAUUUAGCUCCUGCUAAGAUGGCGGCUUUUUACAAGCUUGCAGGUCAUGACUACGAUAGACUUUUUGUAAACAUGCCACCUCAGUCUAUCUCGUUCAUCUACCAAGUUCAAGGAUGCCAACAUAUACUUUUGCCCACCGAGGACGACUUUGCGGCCCCUUCGAUUCCGGCACUUACGGUUAAAGGCUUUGCGCGGUGGCAGGCCAUUCAGAUCCUGCUAGAGCCACAAACUCAUGUGCCGAUCGUUCAAUUUGCGGUCAAAAAUUGGUCUCUGAAGCAUCCUGAAUUUGGAACGGUGUUUCCGGAUGACUUACCGGCAACAGUUUUCCCCGUUGAUACCGAUCAAGACACCGACCUGUGGCACCAAAGUUGUGCGACAAAACUUCGUGCCGAGGCGACCACCAGAGAGGAACCGAAGGAAGAGAGAGAAGCGCCUGAGGCAGACCUUAAAGCGGAUGACUUCUCCGAUGCAAAGGUUCCGUUUUCACACGUCCGGCCCAAAGCGUCCGGAUCGCAGGAUUAUGAUUACUUCAAAACACGCUCCGGCCCUGUUCCCGUCUCUUACGUCCGUCCUCCUGAACGAACAGAUCGAUACGAUCCUCGAAGAUCUCCUGAACGGCCUAGGGAACCAGAGCGUGAAAGGACCAGUGAUAUCGAUCCAGAUCCUCUCGAUCAUGUUGGUCGAGGCCGCUAUGCCCCGCCACGGAAGGUCUUCCCGUCUGAGGAAGAGCGUACGAGCCGACGCCCCAGCUUCACUGACUACCCGCACAUCAUCCCCCAGGAGACUCAGUCAAUGCAGAUCCCACUUCGCACCGAUCGAAUUUCGGUUCCUCGCCGCCUCAGCCAACCCCGUCACUACACCAGCCCUUCCUCGUCAGAUGCAGAAGUCGAACCAGCAAGCUCGAGAUCAGGAAGACGCCACCACAGCCGAAGCAGUCGAGAUUCUCGAGAGCCGCCUCCCGUAUCAACCCGUCGCGUCUUCAACUCCGACGGUGUGCCCUCUUCUCGAGCGGCGGCCAUGGGCGGGCGCAGCAUCUCACCACGAUCCCACAGCUACUCGCGCAGGGAACCCCCGAUCGCGGUCGUCCCGGCGACUACCUCUUCACUAAGGGCGGACGACUCCAAGCGGAAGGGCAUAGGGUCCGGUAUCAAAGACAAGAUUUCCAAUCUUUUCCCGGGCGUUUCCAUUGUCGGCGACGAUCGACGAAGCCGAUCUAGGGGCCAGAAAGAUGACCGAGUUACUGGACCUGACAGAGCCGUGAGGGAGCUUUACCGCGACUCCAGACAUAAAUCAUAUUCCGACGAUGAAUCGGAUCUCACCGAGUCAGAGAACGAUGUCGACCGGCGACGCAGGGCAAAGAGGAGCAAGGAGAGCAGGAUUUUGGACCAAAGGGACAUGGACAGAGAGAGGGAGAGAGAUAUCCGGAUCAAGUCUCGCGACCGCGACCGAGAAAGAGACAGGGACCGUGACCACGACCGAGAUCGGGUUCGAGACCGAAGCACCAGAGACAGAGACAGAGAUCGCUACCGCGACCUAGACAGCGACGAGCUUGAACCUACUUCACGCAGGGACCGGGACCGAGAAAGAAGCCGUGGCAUUUCCACGGGCACCCUCCGUCGAGACCGCGAGCACCGCGAACGGCACACGGACCGCGACGACGAAGACGACGGCCUCGACCUGUCACACUCACCGCACAGCAGCCGCAGCGGCGGCCGGGGCCCAGGGGCACGAACAGCCAACGGUCCAUAUCUAGCACAGGCCGACCUCGAUAGGCGGACAGGUAGUCGGGCGGAUAUUGAUAGGCGGGAUUGGACGGGUGGUAGCGGCGGGUCGAUGCUCGGUGGUAGAGUAGACACCCAGGAUCGGUAUAGAGACUCUAGAGAUAGGGAACGUGAGAGGGAUAGGGAGGGAAGGUGGGGGUCGAGAGAUGAGAUGCGCUCGAGGGAACGGCCGUUGCAUAGGGAGAGGCUGUCUAGCCCGUCUUAUAGGUAAUGGGCAACACCUAGAAGUGAAGCCUUACAUGAAUUUUGGUCUAAGAGUGGGAGGGGAUUGGGUCGUUGGUUUUCCCGGUAUACAAGUUGUGGUGGAUCUUUGGAUACAUGGUGUGGGAGUUUGGAUACGUAGAUGUCUUGGAGAUGUAAUAAUGGGAUAAACGGGGUCCUCGGCUGGAAGGAUAGGUAUGAUGUGUGAAUGGGAAAUGCCCACAUGGCUGACAGAGGGUUUACUGCCUACCUACUCUGAUUGCUGGGGUGUUGGAAAGAUUCAUGCGUUUUCUUCUGUUCAGUUAAGCGAGUCAAGAAAAUUGAUACCUCGAUGAUGUUAUUAAUGCGAAAGAUAUAAUGUUUUGAUGUAGACGAGAACAGGCAACAGUCAUCAUGUGUCAACAGAAGAACAAUAAACAGGCAAUGAUCAAC